AGUACACACGGUCGGGGUGAAAUUACGCGGGAAAGAAAGAAAUGUUUAAUGUAUGAUGGAACAAAAAAAAAGAAAAGUUUGAUUUGGUUAAUGCUGUUGUCAACGACGAGAUGACGACGACGUGUUCCCCUCUUAUGUUACUCCCUUGGCCUCUCUCUCUCUCUCUCUCUCUCUCUCUCUCUCUCUAUAUAUAUAUAUAUAUAUAUUACAACUACGUUUCCCUUUUCUCUCCUCCCACAUUUCUAUCUCUGUCGUCUCAAGAUCUUGAUAUUUUCCUACUUGCUUUUUUGAUCUCAACAAUGGCGACGGAAAAUAAAGGGAAGCCAUUGCCAAAGUUUGGUGAAUGGGAUGUGAACAAUCCCGCAUCAGCAGAAGGAUUCACUGUCAUUUUCAGCAAAGCUAGUGACGAGAAGAAGACCAAGAAAGCAUCCGGCGCUGGCCCUAACAGUAUGGCUACACCUCAGAGAAACCAAAACUCCGAUCAAAACAAUCACAAUGAUUCCCAAAACCCAAAAGCUAAGAAUAAAUGGUUUUGCUUCCGUUAAAUCCUGCCAUCUUCUGAAGAAUCCGAGAAGGCGUAGCGAACCUGAAGAAUUGUUAGCAGAGAGAUGAUCUCAAACAAAGUGAAUUACAAAAGGAUUAAAGACCAUUACAUCUCAGCUUUCUUCUUCUGUCUUCUGCUGAUAUAUAUUAUACUUGUUCAGUAUACUUUUUUGUUCCUUUCUUUUUAUUUGCCUUGCCAACAUUUUGCCCCACAAUGGAUAUAAAUUGUAUCUUCUGACUCUAUCCAACAACUUGGUUCUGAUGCUAUUCUUCAUAUCGAUGAAACAAGAUUAUAGUAAGACUUCCAAUA